CUAUCUUCCGCCACUCCGACGCCUGCAAACAAUACACCAACAUGCCCGGCGGCGCUGUCGUCACUACCACCUUCAACCCAGAGAGGGUUGAGGCGCCCGUCACAAUCAAGGCCUACCUGCUCUGUGUGUUCGCAUCCUUUGGCGGUAUCUUCUUUGGUUAUGACUCGGGUUACAUGAACGGUGUGCUCGGCAUGAACUACUUCAUCAGCCUCCACACUGGCCUCCCCAUACCUGGAGCCAACGCCACUGCCGCCGAGACCGCCGCCUUUGCCCUCCAGGCUUGGCAAAAGUCUCUGAUCACCUCGGUCCUUUCCGCCGGUACCUUCUUCGGCGCAAUUAUCGCCGGUGACCUCGCCGACUACUUUGGUCGCCGUAUCACUAUCAUCUCAGGCUGCAUCGUAUUCACUGUCGGCUGCAUUCUUCAGGUGGCCUCUUCGACUGGUCUCGGCCUCAUCGUCGCCGGUCGUCUGAUCUCGGGCUUCGGCGUCGGUUUCAUUUCGGCCAUCAUCAUUCUCUACAUGUCCGAGGUCGCCCCCCGCAAGGUCCGCGGUGCCAUUGUCUCAGGUUACCAGUUCUGUGUCACCAUCGGUCUGCUCCUGGCUUCGUGUGUCUGCUACGCCACGGAGAACAGGUCCGACUCUGGCUCUUACCGCAUCCCCAUCGCCGUUCAGUUCCUCUGGGCCCUUGUCCUCGGUACCGGUCUCGCCUUUCUCCCCGAGUCCCCUCGUUGGUACGUCAAGAAGGGGCGCGUCGAUGCCGCUACCCGCUCCCUCUCUCGCAUCCGUGGUCAGCCCGGGGACUCGAUCUACAUCCAGGAGGAACUGGCGGAGAUCCUGGCCAACAAUGAGUACGAGCAGGAGAUGAUCCCCACCACCAACUACUUCAAUUCUUGGCUCGCCUGUUUCACAGGCGGUCUCCGUAACCCAGGCUCUAACCUCCGACGCACUAUCCUCGGUACCUCGCUCCAGAUGAUGCAGCAGUGGACAGGUGUGAACUUCAUCUUCUACUUCGGCACUACAUUCUUCCAAUCCCUGGGCAGCAUCUCCAAUCCCUUUCUCAUGUCACUCAUCACGACACUCGUGAAUGUCUGCUCUACUCCGCUCUCAUUUUGGACCAUUGAGCGAUUCGGUCGUCGUCCUCUCCUCAUCUGGGGUGCCCUUGGCAUGCUCAUCUGCGAGUUCAUCUGUGCCAUCAUCGGCGUCACCAAGGGCUCUGACCCGUCGGCGGUCAAGGCCCAGAUCUCCCUCAUCUGCAUAUACAUCUUCUUCUUCGCGUCGACUUGGGGUCCGGGCGCCUGGGUCAGUAUCGGAGAGAUCUUCCCUCUCCCCAUUCGUUCGCGUGGCGUCGCCCUAUCCACUGCCUCCAACUGGCUCUGGAACUGCAUUAUCACCGUUAUCACCCCCUACAUGGUGUCGACCGACGAGGGCAACCUCGGCUCACGAGUCUUCUUCGUCUGGGGCUCGACCUGUAUACUCUGCUUCUUCUACGCCUACUUCCUCGUCUGGGAGACCAAGGGCCUCACCCUCGAGCAAGUUGACCGUAUGAUGGAGGAGGUCAGAAACCCCAUCAAGUCCGCUGGCUGGAAACCACACUCGACCUUCGCUGCCGGCAUGGGUCUCGACAUGACGGGCAAGACCCCUUCCGAGAAGGUACACCCGGGGGAGAACCCGCAUAUCGGCGCUGGUCCUCACGCUCUCCAGGAGGAGGUAGCCCUCGACGUCAAUCCGGCCGCGGCUAAUCAGGUC